AAUCCCAUUACCAUUUUAGGUAAGCAGUGCGCAUGCGCGAGCUCCCCGGAAGUGCUUCACAUCUGACAGCUACAUGACAACAGACCUGCCCGCUGCACCUGCGGCUCCGACUGCAGUGAAAACGACAGAAACAACCGGUCGUCUGCUGCCUUUGGGAGGUGCCGGGACUCUGGUUUACCAGCUCGUCAGAGAAGAGCCCUUUGCUGUCCCCCAACCAGGACGGUAUGAGCUCCAGAGGGAGCGGCAGCCGCUCUAAUGGCGCACUGCCUCAGACCAAGAUCUGCCAGUUCAAGCUGGUGCUGCUGGGGGACAUGGCUGUGGGCAAGUCCAGCCUGGUGCUGCGCUUUGUCAAAGGCCAGUUUGACGAGUUCCAGGAGACCACCAUUGGAGCUGCCUUCCUGGCUCAGUCCGUGUGUUUGGAUGACACCACUGUGAAGUUUGAGAUCUGGGACACAGCAGGCCAGGAGCGCUACCACAGCCUGGCUCCGAUGUACUACCGCGGUGCUCAGGCCGCCAUCGUUGUUUUUGACAUCACCAAGCCGGAUACCUUUGAGAGAGCCAAAGCCUGGGUGAAGGAGCUGCAGAGGCAGGCCAGUCCCAGCAUCGUCAUCGCCCUGGCUGGAAACAAGGCCGACCUGGCGGAGAAGAGGCUGGUGGAGUAUGAGGAAGCUCAGACGUACGCUGAAGACACCGGCCUGCUGUUUAUGGAGACGUCUGCAAAGACAGCCAUGAAUGUGAACGAGCUUUUCCUGGCCAUUGCCAAGAAGAUGCCAAAAACAGACACCCAGAACCCCACGCAUGCGGCACGGCACCGGGGAGUCAACCUCCAGGACCCAGACGCUCAGUCCACCAGAGCGUGCUGCGGGGGAAACUAGACCUCGGCAGAGCUGAGCCAUGCUCCACCACCCGCCACUGCACUUCUUUGCUCAUCUUGUCUCUGUCAGCCAACUCUAAGGGUGACCCCGACCUGGGAACGCCUGCAUCCAUUACCUAGUAAAUGCCGAAGAGCACUGAAAGAUUCAGGGAUGAAAGAAGACCCAAAUAGAGAUGGAUGACAGAGAUGCAUCAUCCUGAAGGGUCUCCAGAUGAGAAGUUUCAGUCAUGGGUCCACAGGCAGAGACUGAGGGGAGGAACCCCACCAUAGAAGCUUGUAGUAUCUAGCCUGGGACAUUACCUCUCGGCAUUCAUUAUUUUGCCUGUUUCAAAAAGUGAUCAUGCUGGAGGACAGAAAACCACGAGGCGCUCCUUCUUCUUUGUCCUGAACACAUUGCAGCUCUGCGCUGAGACCAGUGCUGUCUGGAACCACCUGCAGCCUGUUCUCCCUCGUCGGUGUGAUCAGUCUUCGUACGUGUCUGUUCUUCUGUCGUUUAUGUUGUUCGUGGUGUUUUGGUCCACAGACCUGCUGUCAGAGGAACAGCAUGCAGAUGAGUGUUUUUGCUGGUUCACCUGAGGGAGAAAUGUGGCUGUGAAACCCGACGACGCCCCCACUGAUCCUGAAGCAGCAUAGCCCCGGUGACCCACUCACCCUCAAGUGUGUGUGUGGGGGGGGGGGAGUUCAGUGCUUGGGGAAAAGCUAACACGUGAUGAAAAGUGCCUCCCCAGAGUUGCUUCAGCUUGUGCUCAUAUGUAAAGCUGUGACCCCCUCCCCUUCAUAUGGAUGCAAAGGUUUGUUUCUUACAUUGUGGUCUUCAGGUGAAAAUGUUUUUGUCUUUGUGGAGGAUCUGCUAUAAACCUGGUUGGCUCCAACACUAAUGUGUGCACCAAGUCUGUCAACAUUAAAACAGCUUUUCAGUC